AUGAGUCGGGAUUUGGCGAAGGAGGUUGACGAGGCGUUAAAACAGGACAAGUAUGACAUUCAGCUCUUUUUGCGCUUUCUGAAAAGUUAUGUCAUGGCGGGUACACAGCCAGACAAGCGGCUUCUUCUUGGAAUUCUCCUGCAGACGCUCCCGCGCUUUCACAGUAAUGAUUUUUUAGCCUGUAUAUCUCUUGUGCCCGGGCACGUGCAGGACGCUCCCUACGUUGAGAAGGAGCUGGGCACGAUUUACGACCUGGAGAACUAUCUGAGUUGCGGCAGGUUUGUGCAGUUCUGGGAGGUGUGGAAUCAGUCAAAGAGCCUUCCUGCCGCCUCGCCAAGCUUUGAGUCACAGGUGCGCGCGGGUAUUUUGAUUGUGGUGUCCAGCACGCUUGAGAAGGUGCCGGUGGCGAAGAUGGCGGCGUAUCUUGGGGUGAAUCCUGACCAGCUCCAGUCCACGCUGACUGAAGCCGCCAGCAUUGCCGGUGAGGCCGUUUCCAUCGUCUCCUGCGACACGGAGACCGUGACUUUUGCCAAGUCGAUCUUCAACGCCCCGGAGAGCGAUUCUAACCAACAGCCACUGCGCUUCUCUGACAUUGUCUCGAUUGUCUCGUAG